AUGUCUAGUCAAAUUAAUUGGGAAACCUCCGAACCUGAACCAACAUUACCUUGGAAUUCUAAAGUUACUAAUGAAUGUGUUGAAGUUGAAUGGCAUCAAAAUUCCUCACCAGAAACACGUGGAUCAUCGAAAAAAAUUGUCUCACCAACUAGAACUUUAACCACAAGCGAUGAUGAUAGUUGGGACCCAAGUUAUGAACAUAUUAAAAAAUCCGCUAAAAUACCUCGACCACCUCCACCAAAGAAUGUUGAGAAUAAUAUCGAAGUUGAAUUAUCAUUUGACGAGCGGACACCUAUAUCGAAUUUUCAAGCCCCAAAAACAUUUCGAGAUGUUAUAGUUCAGACUGAGGUGACUUAUGCACCUUUACAAGAAACUUCCCUUUUUCCACUUGUUUCAACAACUGUUCAAGAAACAAUACCCAACCAACUACGUUCCGUAAUUCCUUCAUUAUUGGACAUUGAACCUGAUGAGAAUGGAAAAUUUUCUGCGCCUUCUGCCAUUUCUUUAGAAAAUAAUUAUGUCAAAGAAACUAAUAAUACUAAUAAUGAUUGGAAUAAACCGAAAAAAGAACAUCCAAGUAAUAAAAUUGUUGAAUGGGAUAAUCCUGAAAAGAUUUCAUCAUUUUCAAAAGAUAUUAGAGAUGUUUGGGGUUCUACAUAUGAUCGGAGCAAGAAAGAUGACCGGAGAAAUCAAGAAGAUGUUUGGGGUUUGGGUAUUACACAUGAUCGGGGCAAGAAAGAUGACCGGAGAAAUCAAGAAGAUGUUUGGGGUUUGGGUAUUACACAUGAUCUGGGCAAUAAAGAUGACCGGAGGAAUCGAGAAGCUCCACAAAUAUCAAAAGAUUCAUGGGAUGUUACCACUUUUUCUCAAGACAUCGAUGAAGUUAAUGAAUUUAACAAUGAUCGUAAAAGUGUUCCAAAAGAAAUUCCGGUUUCAAAUGAAAAUCGUCAAGAAGUUUUUAAGAUAGCUAAAGAUUCUUGGGAUAAUAAUGCUGAUACUACUAAAAGCACAGAUUUAUUUCCUGCACCAGAAGAUUGGACAAAAAAAGCAGCUUUAUUUGUCAGUCAAAUAACAGAUAGUGUUGAAUCAACUAGUCAAUGGGUUGAAAAGCAACAAUACACUGAAAAAAAUUACUACGAUGAUUUUUCUUCGGAAAAUAAAUCCGGUAGAAGCGGUCGAAAUGAAGGUAAAAGUGGAGCAUGUUAUAAGUGUAAUCAAGAAGGUCACAUUGCUCGAGAUUGUCCUGAAUCUGGUAGAAGUGGUGGUCGAAACGAAGGUUUAUGUUAUAAAUGUAAUGAAUCUGGACAUAUUGCAAGAGAAUGUCCUAAUGUCGAAGAUUCAGGUCGUCGAGAUUUUGGAGCUUGUUAUAAAUGUCAUAAGCCAGGACACAAAGCGGCUGAAUGUACAGAAGAAAGGGAAUAUGAAGAUAUCGAAGGCAGCGGUAGUAAUAAAAAAUUCACUUGCUUUGUUUGUGGAUCUCCAGAUCAUUUAGCUAUUAAGUGUCCCUCGCGUCAACUCCAAAAGCCUAGUCCAUGGGACAAUCCAAACCCUACAAAUUUAACUUCAGACGAGGCCUGGAACAAAUUACUUCAAGCCGAUAAAGAAAGAGAUGUAGAUGACUUUAAAGAUGCAUUUGAAGAAUACGCGAAAUCUUCGUCAGAAUUAACUUUCCAGGAAAUCGAGAGACAAUUAAGAGCUUCAAAUUGUAAAGGGAGAUUGGUUGCUUUAGAACGUGAAGAGCUUCCAUUAACUAAAUGUUUGGUGGAUCUUCAAGGAGUCACUGAAGAUAAAAAAUAUGUUGUUCAGAUAGUGAUGGGUCCACCUUCACGACUUGCUCGAACCGCCGGAAGACGCGCAGGUUCAGAUGAGGAAAAUAUUGAAUGGCUUUCUCAAGCUGGAUUCUUAAGAGACGAUGUUGUUCCCACAUGCUUUAAUUGUAAAAAAAAAGGCCAUAUUACGAAAGAAUGUCAGGAACCAAGGAGAGAUCGUGGAGGUGGGGGUGGACGUGGACGUGAUUGUUACAAUUGUGGAUCAACCGAACACCAAGCCCGUGAAUGUGAUUCCGAAGAUAGAGGAGAUGGUCAAAAAGGAUAUCGUUCACAGACCUGUCAUAAUUGUGGAGAAGAAGGACAUUUUUCACGAGACUGUACUGAACCAAGACGAAGCGGUGGUGGUGGUGGAGAUGGUCAAAAAGGAUAUCGUUCACAGACCUGUCAUAAUUGUGGAGAAGAAGGACAUUUUUCACGAGACUGUACUGAACCAAGACGAAGCGGUGGUGGUGGACGAAAAUGUCAUAAAUGUGGUGAAGAAGGUCACUUGGCAAGAGAUUGUGGUGGUGAUGAUUAUUAUGAUAACAAAAAAUAUGAAAAUAAUGAUAAUUGGCCAAAGGACGACGAGAAUUUAGGACCAAAGUAUGCCUUGUCUCGAGGCAGAAAUCAAGAUAGAGACUCAUCCUGGGGCGGUAAACAUGAUAAAGACCCAUCCUUUGGUGACAAAGAAGGCAGAUACUGGGUUGGUAAACAAGAUAGAAACGCUCCCUGGGAAGUUAAACAAUAUGAAGAUCCAUCCUAUGGCGACAAACGAGAUUUAUCUCGGAGUGGUAAACAAGACUUUCUAAGGGAAGGUUACCAGAAUAAUGAUAACAUUCAACCAACCUGGGCACAAAAUAAAGAGACUCCCAAAUCUAAUUGGGGACUUAAUCAGAACAAAGAUGAAGAAUUCGGAUCUUCCGGAAGACCUAAUAAAUACAAAGGCAAGGAAUCUGAAACACCAUUUAUAGAUGAACAAAAAAAAUCAAAUGAUAUCUGGACCACCGAAAAAUCUACUCCUAUUAAAAUUGAUGACUGGUCUAUGAAACGAGAACCAGUUUCUCCUACUCCAAGAUCAAAUAUUUGGGAUUCUCCUUCUAGAAGAAAUGAGAAACCUGAAAUGUUUGGGGAUUGGAAUACUCGAAACUCUAAUAAACUUUCACGCAACGAAAGUCGUACUCCAACGUUUUCUAAAAAAAGUUCUGAUGGACGAGGGGUUGAAAUGCAAGAUAAACCUUGGUGGGAAAAUACUUAG